CACAAAGCAGCUUUACAGAGAAAAACAGCUCCACGCCUCUUAUGAGCAGCACCACAGAGAUUCAGAUUUUAUGGUGACACAGUGGUAAAGAAAAAACUCCCUUUAAGAGGAAGAAACCUUGGAAGAACCAAGAACCAAGAAGCCCUGAGAGAAGUUCCAGCUCUGAGGAGAGAGAGGAGAUUUCUGAGGAUUAUUAUGGGGUUUAUUCUCUGUUAUAUGGAGACUUUAAGGAGUGUACGGCUGGGGGUUCUUCUCCUUCUACUGCAGGUACUCUCCUCCAGCUUUGCUGAACUGACGCCGUGUAUAAACGGAUUUGAUUCAGAGGUGUUCAUUUUUAAAGUGCACAGACCUCACCUUCACAGAGGCAGGAAGCUGGGCAGAGUUCUCUUCAACGACUGUGCUGGUAGAGGGUAUAACAUUUACAGCUCUACUGACCAGCACUUUCAGGUGGAUGUUGACGGCACAGUGGAACUGAAGACACAGCUCACUCUACACCAAGUUCAAGAAUUCUCAGUCCAUGCCUGGGAUUCAGAGGGAAAGAGGUACACUGCUUCUGUGAGAGUGGAAAACCAUCACCAUGCCCAGCAGGAGGAAACUAAGAACAUGAAUAUAAAUGUUCUGAAGUUGUGGAGACAAAAGAGAAGAUGUAUGUUGAUUCCACCACUCUCUGUCCCAGAGAACCAAAAUGUCCCAUUCCCCAAGCUGAUCGCAGUGUUUAAGUCAGAUUUUGCGAAGGAAACUAAGACGAUCUACAGCAUGAAGGGUGAAGGAGCAGACGAGCCUCCAGUGGGGGUUUUCAUCAUUGAUAAAUACAACGGUUCACUCUAUGUAACGCAGCCUCUAGACAGAGAGACCAAAGAUAAAUAUGUGCUUACGGUUCAUGCUGUUGCAGCUAAUGGUGAGGUUGAGGAAGAAACUACGGAGAUUAUCAUUGUUGUAAUUGAUGGAAACGAUAAUAAGCCCAUCUUCACCCAAAACCCUUUCCUUGGCAGUGUUGCAGAAGCUUCACCUCGAGAUUUUGAGUUCAUGGUAGCGAAUGCUACAGACGCAGACGAUCCUGACAGUGACCAUGCAGACAUCAGAUACUCCAUCAUCAGCCAGACUCCACCACAGCCAGAUCCAAACAUGUUCAUCAUUAACCCGAUUACUGGAGGGAUUAGAGUGAACUCUGAUGAACUGGACAGAGAGACUUAUCCUGAGUACAUCUUGCUGAUCCAAGCUGCAGAUAUGAUGGGUGAUGGCCUCGUCACCACUGGAACAGCUGUUAUUACUGUAACUGAUAUCAACGACCACGCACCACAGUUUGAAAAGACCUUGUACACUGCAUCAGUCCCGGAGAAUAAAGUAGGAUCUGUGGUGGUGAAGAUACCAGUGACUGAUGGAGAUGAUCCUCAGACUCCUGCCUGGACGGCCAACUUCAGGAUCUUUAGUGGAAACAGUGGUGGAUUUUUCAGCAUUAGCACAGGACCCAACAAACAGGAGGGCAUCAUUACUACUGUUAAGCCAUUGGACUUUGAACAGACCAACAAGUACACUCUGCUGGUGAUCACAGAGAAUGAUGUUCCAUUUGCCAAACCCCUCCCUACAUCCACUGCUACAGUCAUCGUGAAUGUUCAGGAUGUAAAUGAGGCGCCAGUGUUCGACCCAGCGGAGAACAUCAUUUCUAAACCUGAAGAUCUGGAAGUUGGUACUGAACUAACCGUUUACACCGCCACUGAUCCAGACACAGCGAGAGCUCAGACAGUGACAUACCGUGUAUCUAAUGAAGAUCGUUCUGGCUGGGUGAGUAUUGACCGAGACACUGGACUGAUCAGAGUGAAGAGCUCCAUGGACAGAGAAUCUCCUUUAGUGAAAGAUGGGAAAUUUAAAGUUCUGAUCUUGGCUGUGGAUGAUGAUGAAGUUCCAGCUACAGGUACAGGAACCCUGGUGAUCGAGCUGGAAGAUGUGAACGAUAACGCUCCCGUUAUUGAAGAGAGGGAGAUCACAGUGUGCAGUAAGAACUCUGUUCCAGUCUCACUCUCUGUAACAGAUGAGGAUGGGUCUGGUUUUGCUGCUCCGUUCACUGUUGAACUCCAUGAAGAGAGCAGGAAUAACUGGACUGCUGGGAUGGACGACUCAAAUACUAAAAUUCUACUCACGCUUAAGACUGCAAUACAACAGGGAAAAUACAGUGUGGUUCUGAGGGUGUAUGAUUCCAGCCUCCACAGCCAAGACAGCACUAUCAUUACCACUGUAUGUGACUGCACUGGAGAGGACGUCUGGUGCUCAGACAGAGAAAUUUCAGGCUUCGGCCUAUCACCCAUCCUUGGAAUUCUGGGGGCUUCACUGGCUUUGCUAAUUCUGGUCCUAUUGCUACUCCUGUUCCUGAGGAAGAAGAGAUCAGUUAAGAAACAGCCACAGAUUCCACUGAUGUCAGGGAUGACAUCACCUCUAGUACUCUGAUGAAGUGGGAGGUGGUGAGGAU